AUGGGAGAGAAUCCUCCUCAACCAUUGUUAAGAGACUAUGACCACCCCAACGCAUUCCAACUUCGGAGUGGCAUACGUCUUCCCACCACAAAUGCAAACAACUUUGAGCUUUCACCACAACUCAUCCGUAUGAUUCAAAGCGAUCAAUUCGGAGGUAGUCCUCAUGAGUGUCCUUUUGCUCAUUUGGACAACUUUCUUGAGUUGUGUACAACCAUCAAGCAAAACAACAUUUCGGAAGAGUUUAUCCCUUGGGAGCGUUUCAAAGAUUACACAAGGAAAUGCCCCCACCAUGGUUUUACAUCAUGGAUCAUUGUACAAAGAUUCUAUGACGGUCUUACUCCUAUUUCAAGGGCCAACCUUGAUUCCGGGGCCGGUGGUAGCCUCAAAAAGCUAUCGGUGGAUGAUGCAUAUAAGAUGAUUGAAGAAGUGGCCAAGCAUUAUGCAUAUGGAGGUGAUCGAAGGCAACCUCAAACAAAGAAGGGCGGAAUUCAUGAUCUUAGUGCAAUAGAUCUUAUUGCAUCAAAGUUUGAUAUGCUAGCUCACAAGUUAGAUCAAGCCACCCUCACACCCUCAAGCUCUUCCUCACAAGUCAUGUCUUGUGAGACUUGUGAUGAUCACUUGUCCUCUUAUUGCAACUCAACGAAUCAAGAGAAAGCGGCGGCAAUUGGGCAAAGGAAUGAACAAUACUCCCAAUCCCACAAUCAAAGUUGGAAGCCCCAACAAAACACGGGAUGGAAGCAAUACAACCAAGGCCCCCCACAAAAUAACUACAACCAAAAUCAAACCCAACCUCAAAACCACUACAACCAACCUCAUUCUCAAAACCAACAAGCUCCAUACCGCCAUCCCAACCAAAGGGAUCAAAACCACCAAAGAUCACAAUAUAACCAACCCGCUCCUCCUCCUCCACCUCCUCAAAAGACUAGCCUUGAGUCCGUUCUUGAAACUUUCAUGACUCAACAAAUAAGGAACAAUGCGGAUAUGAAUGCAAACAUCCAACAACUCCAAGCACAUAAAAAGAUAAUGGAGAGCCAAUUGGCUCAAAUUGCACAACAAGUUGGAAGUUCAUCCUCCAAUCCUAGUGGUCACUUUCCAAGCUCAACGGUAGUGAACCCAAAGGAGCAAGCUAAGGCUAUCACUUUGAGAUCGGGAAGGGGUUAUGAGGGCCCGGUUAUGAGUGAAGAGGAGCCACAAAAGAGAGAUGAGGGAGUUGUGGUGAGAAGUGAGGAUGAUUUUGAAAAUGAAGUAGUUGAAGUUGAGAGAAAAGAGCAAAAGAGUGAUGAGGGAGCCACAAAGAAAGAUGAGGGAGAUGAAGAAAGAAUAGAAAAGCCCCCUAUGAGAGUAUAUAAGCCCCCCAUUCCGUUUCCUCAUAGAAUUGUAGAGAAGAAGUUGAAUGAGAAGUUUUCAAAAUUUCUUGAAGUCAUGAGAGGACUUCAAGUGAACAUCCCCUUUCUUCAUGCUAUGUCACAAAUGCCUACCUGUGCAAAAUUUUUGAAGGAUCUUCUAUCCAACAAGAGUAGGCUUGAAGAGAGUGCAACCAUCUCCCUUCCUAAGGAGGUGAGUGCAAUCAUUCAAAACAAGCUUCCCCAAAAGCUUGGUGACCCCGGUAGCUAUGCAAUACCGGUGAAGAUUGGAGAUUUGGAAGCUAUGGAUGCUUUAUGUGAUCUUGGGGCAAGUGUGAGCUUGAUGCCCUAUUCUAUUGCAAAGACCUUGAAAGUUGGAGACUUGAAACCAACAAGAAUGUCCUUACAACUAGCCGACCGCACGGUUAGGCUACCUUUGGGGAUUCUUGAAGAUGUGCCAGUUCAAGUUGGAAGAGUAUUUGUGCCAUGUGAUUUUGUAGUAAUGGAGAUGGAAGAAGAUUCAAGUGUACCCCUCAUUUUGGGGAGACCAUUUUUGAACACCGCGGGAGUGGUGAUUGAUAUGAAGGAAGGAAGAUUGACUUUGAAUGUGGGAGAUGAGAAAAUUUCAUUUUCAUUCUCACAAACUUUGAAAAAGCCAUUGAUUGAUGAAGUUCAUAGAAUUGACACAUUGGAGAGGGACUUAGAAGAGUUCCGAGAAAGAUUGUAUGAAAGAGAUCCUUUACAAGCUACCUUAACGGGAAGCUUAGUUGAGGAGGGUGAAGAAGCAAAGGGGUAUGAUCUCUUGCUCAACCAACCUUUGGCCCACGAGGUGAUAAAAUUUGAAGUGCUUAACGUGGAGGCAAAAGAGGAGAGGACUACGCCUCCUCCUAAGUCGAACGGAGACAUGCAUUUUCAUCAGUCUCCUUCAACUCCGGAUUCUCCUACACCAGCAAAAUCAGAAGCACAUCCUCCUUCAACUCCGGAUUCUCCUACACCAGCAAAUCAGAAGCACGGCCUCUAUUAG